AUGCCAUCGCCUCACAGCAGCGAAAACGAGGAUGGAGAUCUUGAAGACACCGUAAAAUCUGACGAUGAUGGAUCCUAUGUCGAAUAUCGUCGGAAAAGAGCGAAACUUGACGCGAGCAAAGCAGAGCUUGAUCGGGCAAAUGCCGAACUUGAAGCCUGGAUAGCAAAAGAGCUUAGGCGACACGCAGCAGCGUCCGCCAAAAUAUGCCGACACACUCGUCGCACAAAGGGGCAGUCGCUCAGAAAGUACAACUCGUCUAAAAAGCGGCCUUCAAACACAUUGCUACACCAUAAUGGCGAUCAGAGGGUCAAAGUCGAAGAUGACCUCGUGUCUGUCUCGCCGAUUAAAAUGGAAAGUCGCGUGGGUCCGGACCAUAUUAUUGCCAACGAGGUCACAACAAGCAGAACCACUGAGCCUGCAGGCAGCAACUUCCCUGCCGACAUUCCUCGGCCGUUGUGGGAGACACAACUAAACACCCACUUUGCGGGACCACCUCCUCAACAGCCCUUUCUCUCUCUAGUUCCCAACAGCUACCUGUCUCCUCAAGGUCACUUUGUCUGCCCACACCUGAGUCUUGGUAUGGCUGGCUCAGGCUCUCGGAAUGGCAAUCAGGACUUGAUUUGCGAUCUCUGCCAGCAACAGGUGGAUCGAUUCUACCUUCAAUACGGCACAUCAAACGAUUCGUUUUCCUUUCCGCUGGGUCCGUACGACUACUAG